GAAAGAAAUGACAGAUUAAAAUCAAAACAUUAGUUUGUUAUUGUUUUACUUGAAAGGAUUGUAAAAAGGCCAUAAAAAGGAACAGGAAACUGUGAAAUAAUUGUUUUAUUACAUUUUUAUAUAAAAUUUUAGAGAGAGAACUAAAGACAGGACAAUAAUGAGCAUUAAUUGGAUUAAAAUAACCGAUAGAGCUCGUGAAGGCAUAAAAAUCAUCAACUCUUUACCUUACAACACCUUUAGCACGGUGCUGCAAUAUGUGCACCGUCAAAUGAUUAAUAGCAAUACGGCUGGUGAUUCCUCCGAAGAGGGCAUUUCCUCUUCGGCAGAAAAUGAAAAUGCUUUAGAGGAACUGGAGCGUUUAGUGGGUGUUCCCCGGCCCGAUUUCCUACUAUUGAUUAAAACAUUUUCCUAUAUUUUAAGACGCACCAGUACUUACAUCAUUAAACCCUCUUUGCUGCAGGCCGAAUUGCGUGACAAACUGCAAUUGCAAGAUGAGGCCAAAAUCGAUGCCAUUGUACGUUUGUGGGUAAGACAAACCACACCCAUUAUGAAUAAUUUAGCUAGUGAUCGUUAUGAAUCAAAUGAAGUGGCCGAUGUAGCCUGGAAACUCAAUGUGGAGAUCUCCUCACAGUGCCAGCAGCGUGAAAAAUCUGCCUUGGCUGUGUUGCAGUUGAAAACUGGUGCCGGCGAAGAUAUUAAUUUAGAAAUGAAUCAUGAAGAGUUGUUGCAAUUGUAUCAGCAAUUUGAGUGCAUACAAAAUGAAUUGGAUGCCAUGAAUGCUCAGCCCAAACAAUUGGCAAAAAGUCAAAAUUAGACUUAAAUAUUUAAUAAAAUAUAUAUAAAAAUAUACAUAUGUAUAGUAUAUUGGAAAUGAGGUUGUUGUUUACAUUACUAUAGAGUAUUGUUAAGAAAAAUAAAAUUAAAACUUUUUUGUUACUUUUAAGGAAUAUUUAAGAAAAACAAAAUAAAGUUGGGAAUUAUAUAAAAAAUUAAUUAUUGAUUGAUACUUAUAUGAAAAUAA